AGGAAUUAUUUUUAUAAAUUAAUAACUCAUCUUGAUCAUUUUUAUAAUGAAUAUGCUAUACAAGGAAAAUAUUAUGGCCGAUGAUUUCAAUAGAAAGUGUGCUGUUUGUGGCGAUCGUGCUCUUGGUAACAAUUUUGAAGUACUAUCAUGUCCAUCUUGUAAGGCAUUUUUUCGGCGCAAUGCUACCAGAAAUAAGCAAUAUAAAUGCAUUUAUGAUAACAACUGUGCGAUCGAUGUCUUAACGAGAAAAUACUGCAAAAAAUGUCGGCUACAAAAGUGCUACGCUAUGGGAAUGAAAAAAGACUGGAUCAUCAUGAACGAAUACAAAAAAGGCAUAAAACAAAAUACCACUAAAAAACCACCAAAAGCACAACAAAAACAAAUUACUGAACAAUCAAAACCAGACAUACCCUAUAAAGCCGAUGAUAAUCCAUACACCACAUUAUACACGGAAAAUAUUAGCCAAGUAUAUCACUAUUCGGGUGAUACCAGCCCUACAGACACAUCCCUGUUUGACUUCACGGACAGCCAAUCACCGCCCAUUGACUAUACCAUAGGCAUGUAUUUGAGCCCCGAUGGUUACUAUAGCAACAGUAUUACCCCCAUUAAUAUACCGGACACUUUCGAUGAUAUCCCGGUUGACAACGACGUCGAGCGAGAGAUUGACACCGAAAUCAUGGAUAUAUACAGCGCUGUCGAGCGGGUCGUGGAUUUAGGGGUGUUGGCGGGCCCGGCGAGACCCCUAACGGAUUACCAUAAUCAGUUUAACGAACUUGAGGGUAGUAAACUGCAACAACUAUUGGCCGCCACCAAUACGUUUGUCGACUCGGGUGGCCGGGCGUACACAACGAGCUUGUCUAGUAUUUUGGGUAUGAGUCAUCGGCCAAACUUGUUGCAAAGGCACAUGCGCCGACUGACCAAGAUGUGCCAAAAUUUGACCGAGUUUAAUAAUAUUUGCGAGUCCGAUAAGAUAGCCCUGAUGAGUUACGGAAGUAUUGACCUGUUCUGUAUGCGAUCGUUGCCUAAUUAUGACUACACUCACGAGAGCUGGACGUUUGUUAUGUAUAUAGAGUCUAGUAGACUCUAUAUACUCAUAAACAUAAACUGUAACACUGACACUGUCCAGAUUAGGGACAGUAGGCUUUAA